AUGAAAGACUUACUUUCCCACCCCUUUCCCUCUCUCUUUCUCCCGUCUCUCUCUUCCUCUUUUACCCAAAGCCACGUGGAGGUGCAUCUGGGCGAGCACAACAUUUCCAGGACUGAGGGUAACGAGCAGUUCAUCUCUUCUUUCCGCAUCAUCCCCCACCCCAACUACAGAUCAUACAACAUCAACAAUAACAUCAAACUGAACAAACCCACCACCCUCAACACCUACGUGCAGCCUGUUGCUCUGCCCAGCAGCUGUGCACCCGCUGGCACCAUGUGUGUCGUCUCUGGAUGGGGAAACACCAUGAGCUCCACCGCCGAUAGCAACAAGCUACAGUGCCUGAACCUCCCCAUCCUGUCUUUCAAUGACUGUAACAACUCCUACUCUGGCAUGAUAACUAACACUGUGUUCUGUGUUGGAUACAUGGAGGGAGGCAAGGACUCUUGCCAGGUACUGAACAGCACUGACCUGUAG